CUUCUAUACCAGCCUACUCGCCGACCGCAGCCAUGGUGGCUUUCCUUUCACGCCUCAAUCCAACACCGGCAUUCCCGGAGUACCCUGGCCCUCACUCCGUCGGCACUGUCGAUGUCGAGAUUCCCGUCGCCGACUUGCCCUCGACCGCCACAGCCCCUGCCGACGCCGCUCCGACCGUCUCCUUCCGUAUCUUCUACCCAUGCGAGAACCAGAAAGAGAAUGCCCGACCCGUGAGAUGGAUCCCCUCGCCACAACGCCCCAAUCUCUCGGCCUUCGCACGCCUUCUGGGCGCUGGUUCGCGAGCCUCCGACUUCUUUUCCUACUUUCCGACCAUCCUAUACUACAUCACUAUCCCGGCACAACGCAAUGCUCCCCUGCUUACCGCUCCGACCAGCAGCAAGCGAUGGCCAGUCAUGAUGUUUUCGCACGGCCUUGCCGGAAAUCGCAACCUCUAUUCACACGUCUGCGGGUCCAUGGCCUCUUACGGCCUAGUCGUCAUCGCUAUGGACCACAGAGACGGUAGCUCGCCCGUUCAGUACAUCCGUGCAACCGCAGACACACCCAGCAAGAUUGUCGACGAGAUCAAGAUCUCCCACUCGCCAUCACCCGAAGUUUACGCUGCAAGAGACAAGCAAUUGCGUAUCAGGUGCUACGAAGCCUCGCUGAUUCACGCAGCUCUGCUCAAGAUCGAUAACGGUGAAAAGGUGGACAAUCUGGAUGACAAUACCUCGCACUCUAAGAAGGAGCGAGUCGAAGUCCUAUCGCGUUUUGCCAAUCAAUUAGACGUACAGACGCCUGGCCGUAUCACCUGGGCUGGCCACUCUUUCGGCGCAUGCACGACCAUCCAAUUCCUCAAAUCUGUCUUCUACGCCAAGGAGCGACCUCAAAACGCCCACUCUCCUCUGAUCGUGCCGACCGAUCCUUCUUUGACAAGCCAGAUCACCCCUGCUUCUCCCGUACUGUUACUCGACCUCUGGACCUUACCUCUGCGCAGUCCGACUCAGUCAUGGCUUUUCGAGCGUCCUCUUCCCUCGUACACUGAUUCCUCGAUCGGCGGCAAGAACAUCCUUAGCAUCAUGUCGCAAGCAUUCUUCAAGUGGACUGGUAACUUCAACGACGUCCGCCGCGCCAUCGCUCCUCCGAAGAACUUCUCUGGUGCCAAGCCACACCUUUUCUACCCAGCCACCAGCCAGCACUUUUCGCAAUCCGAUUUCGGCGUGCUGUUUCCUUUCCUCACCAGCAAGUUGCUGAAGACCGAGAACCCCGAAAGAAUCCUACUGUUGAACACUCGCGCCAUGUUGCAAGUACUCAGGGACAUGGACAUCGAGGUCGCUGAUGUUGGCGAGAAAAACCUUGAAGGCGAGAAAGAGGAGACUAUCUUGGAGCCUAGCAGCUCCGGUGAGGAGACUGUCAAGGGUUGGGUCAGAGUCACUGUUUCAGAUGCCGAAGGUAAAGACUCUGGCAUUUCGAUCGAGCAGGACAAGAAGCAGAAGCCUUCGGAUGACAGCGAAGGCAUGGAUAUGUAGUGGAGUGAGCAUGUCUCUCGCUACUUUCGGUGCUCGUAGGUUUAUUUUGCAUGGUUUCGAAUGGUUGCAUAGCGGUCCUUCUUUCUUUUCAAUUUGGUACACAGCGAGCGAGCAGACAGGGAAGGUCAAGAUUGGGUCUGGGAUACAGCGACAGGAGUUUGUUGACGGCGAUCUAGAACGUACAUACACAUUGCGAUAUUUUCACAAAUUUCUUUCUCGAUUCCUUCUCAUCAAGGU